UUCACUAUCAGCUUUGGACACUGGAGAGGGUUGCAUCUGUUUCUGGCAAACAUGAAGUCAGACCUCUGGUAUUUCCUUCUCUUCUGCUUUCAAGUUGAAGCCCUAACAGGAGAAAUCAAUGAUUCUGCCAAGUCUGAGAUGUUUACGUUUCACAAUGGAGGUGUACAAAUUUUAUGCAAAUUCAGUGAUACUGUCUGGCAAUUUAAAAUGGAGUUGCGGAAAGGGACAGAAGUACUCUGUGAUCUCACUAAGACAAAGGAAAGUGGAAACACAGUGUCCAUUAAGAAACCAAAAUUCUGUCAGUCUCAGCUAUCCAAUGAUGGUGUCUCCUUUUUUCUGAACAACUUGGACAGUUCUCACGCUAGCUACUACGCCUGUGAACUGUCAAUCUUUGAUCCUCCUCCUUUUCAAAAAAAGAAUAUUAGCAGAGAAUAUCUGAAUGUUUAUGAAUCACAGACUUGCUGCCAGCUGAAGUUCUGGUUACCCAUAGGAUGUGCAGCUUUUGUUGGAGUCUAUAUUUUUGGAUGCAUAUUUCUUUGUUGGCUUACAAAAAAGAAAUAUCAAUCCAGCGUGCAUGACCCUAACAGCGAGUACAUGUUCAUGGCAGCAGUGAACACAGCCAAAAAACCUGGAUUCACAGGUGUGCCUCAUACUUUGGAACUCUGUGGCACCCAGGCAUGA